CGCAUUACGUAGGCAAGCGGCUCCGCUCAACUUGCCACCUGCGCCGGGAGAGCUGCCGGGGAAGCGAGAUCCUGCCGGAGCCCCUCGCCCGCCGCUGGCCGCCCACCCGCCCGCCCUCCGCCAUGGACUGCUGCAACGAGGGAGCCUGCACAAAGCUGGAUGAGGACAUCCUGGACAUCCCUUUGGACGAUCCUGAUGCCAACGCGGCAGCCGCCAAGAUCCAGGCUAGUUUCCGUGGCCAUAUGACCCGCAAGAAGAUCAAAGGGGGCGAGAUUGAUCGGAAAACCAAGGACGCCGAGUGCGCCAACAGCACCCGCGGCGGCGAUCUCCGCAACGGCGACUAGGGGCCACCAGUCGCUCCCCGGACACCCCUCGCCACUGACCCAGCCCCGCCGCCGCCCGCCGAGGCCCAGGAGCCCCCGCUUCACCCCCUGCCCCCCGCAUGCAUUCCUUGGGGCCCCCCCCCAGCCAGGCUCUGCCCCUGUCCCUGGCUGCCCCCCCCUGCCCCAGAGACCCCCCGCCCCAAUAAACACCCCUGCCAGAGCCCCGGCCUGUCCUUGGUGCCUUUUGAUGUCACCGGCAGAGCGGUGAGGUCACAGCGGGGCAGAGGUGGGAGGGGUGUGGGGCAGGUGGUGCCCRGCAGUGAUGUCCCACGUGUAUGUGUGACACUGUACAGGCACAUGUGACAUCACUGCCGAGCGUGUAACAGCGUGUAAUCACAGGGUGUGGCGUGACAUCACAUAGGAGGGGACUUGUGGGGUGCUCCCGCCAUGAGACAGGUGGUGAUGUCACUACUGGACAUGUGACAGCUGCUGUGACACYACACAGGUGUGUGCGAUGGCCAAAGUGACAUCACAGUGCUGUGUGUGACGUCACUGCCAGGCAUGAUUGUGGGUAUGACAUCAUAUGUGUGUGAUGUCACCACUGCUGUGUGAUGGUAAGUGUGACAUCAUGCAGGCACACAUGACAYCCCUGAUGGACACGUGACAUGCCUGUGUGACAUCACACAGGCAGCAGUUGGAUGCUGUGACGUCACACACUCACUGUGGGAUCACACCAGCUGGCAUGGGGUGUGACAUCACGGUCACGGGCUGUGAUAACACGUGCACYGCAAUGUCACCUCACCCUGAGGACCUUGGCCGGUGCACUGUGACAUCACCCAGAAGGUCACGGGACAUCCCUCCCCACCCUCAAAAUCUGCACAAAC